CAACCAUUACCAAUGUCGCUCUUCCUCCUUAUCUUUUAUGGACAAACAGCACAUUGAGCACUUGUGUAUGUAACUAUGUAUACUCAGUGCAAGUUUGUCUCUGCAAAACAUCCAAAAUAGCCACAAAAAGUUGCCGAUUAAGUUCUUUCUGAAUUCCCUCCCAUCACCAGAACCUACGUAAUAUCCAAACAAUCCGACCGAGCACCUCCACCACCUUCUAUACGUAUAAAACCAUCCCCGAUGACACACUUCUUAACACUUCGCAUAACAAAAACAGAGAGACGAGCUUCAGCUAUGUCACUCACUGAUUUCUUAGUCUAAAUUGAUUUUUCGCAGAAACCCAUUUUGAUUAGCUUUAUCUCAAGUAAUACCCAUUUCUUAAUUUCUACUUUUGAUCACAAAUCAUGAAAAAGUUGAGGUAUUUCAGGCUGGGACGCAAGGUAGUGACUGUUUUCAAAUGGAUUAUCCGGCCAAGAAGAAAGCAAAGACGCUACCACUCCUUGGAUAAUCCGACCCGGCGGAACCCAAUUUCCAAAAUCUGUGAUUUUGCUCAGUACAUCCGACGCAUCUGCUUUUCCAAUUCGGGUUACCUUAGACUGGGUCAAAAACGUGACCCGGUACUGGCGGUACCGAAGGAACACCUUGUUAUGUACAUCGGAGAAUCAGGAGGAGACAGGCGGAGAGUGGUAGUGCCAGUGAAGUACUGCAAUCACCCGUUAUUUGUGGAUUUGUUGAAGGAAGCGGAGCGGGUGUACGGGUUCACUCAAUCGGGUGGGAUCACGAUACCAUGUGGAAUUUCGGAGUUUGAGAAAGUGAAGACUAGAAUUGCCACUAAUUGGCACCAUUGCCGGCGGCCCUUGAAUCAAUCCCACUAGUUUAAGUUCGUUCAGAUGUCUUCUUUCUUCUCCAUCUCUGCGCAUUCCAGUCCAACCAAUGAAUAAUUGAUGAUUAUUUCAACAUUUUGUAGCUGCCAUGUUUGAAUGUUCUUAUGGUUGACAAAAUUGUGCAACAUGAUUAGGAUU